AUGGAUGCGACCUACACAGAUAAGUUCAAUAGUUUCGAACUGCCGGUGAAAGCAGCGAUAACAGGAUUGGUGGCGAGCGUGACGACCUUUCUCGCCUACAUUGUCUUUCUCUCGUACACCCCUCCUGUCGACCGGAAAUCGCCCCAAUUCACUCCCAACACGGUGCCCCUCGUGGGAUCAUGGAGCUUCUUCACGCAAAAGUGGGCAUUCUGGCAAGACUGUGUGGCCAAGAGCAAAACCGGGCAGUUCAGCUUCUGGCUCGGCAAGUACCACGUUGUGGGCGUGUCGGGCGCCGCAGCCCGCAAGGUGUUUCUCGACAACCCUAACUUCGACUUCGUGCACGGGGCGCCGCUGGUCGGCCAUGGCCCGGACGUCGUGCCUCCGCUGCACGCGAUCUUCCUCGGCAACUUUCAGAACGGCCGAACCUACUUCCAGCGCCGCCUGCUGGACGUGCAGAAAUCCGAGCAGUUGGGGAAACGUCUCCCCGGCGUGACGAGGGACGCACGCGUGGCCUUCGCCGCGCUGCGCCAGGACGCCUCCGGCGUCAUGAACCCGACAGAGGCGUGCUAUCGCCUGGUGGUGCAGCAGGCCUGUCGCGUGGUGUGCAGCGACGAGAUCGCCGACGACCCGGCGGUGGUCGCGAAGACCCAGCGCGUGCUGUCGCUGUUGAUGCACACCAGCAGCAUCCACACGGUGGCGCUCCCCUACCUCCCCUCACUGGCCAAGCUGAAGCGCCACUGGGGCCGCUACGGUCUCCGCCGCAUCGUGACGCCGAUCGUGCAGCGCCGGCUGCAACAAGCUGCCCCGCGCCGGGACGAUGUGGUGCAGUACAUGCUCGACCGCGGCGACCCGCCGGAGUGGAUGGUGGCCUUCUUCAUCUCGACGCUGUUCAUCGCCUCCGCCAACGCCGGCUACCUCAGCGGCGCGAUGCUGAACAUCCUCGCCCACCACCCGGACUGGCAGGCGCGCAUCUACCGCGAGAUCAAGGCCGUCGCGCAGGCGCACGCGCCGAACCCCCACGCGCCCCUGGUCGACCAGCUCGACGCCAUCCCGCUCGAGGCCUGGGAGACCUUCUUCCCCUCCAUCGACCUCUGCUUCAAGGAGGCCAUCCGCAUGUGGGUCGCCUUCCCGAUGAUCCGCCUCAACAUGGCGCCCCACGCCGUCGCCAUCCCCGGCACCGACGAGGUCGUCCCCGCCGGCACCUUCGCCGCGUACAACACCACCGAGGUCCACUUCAACCCCGACUUAUACCCGGAUCCGUACAAGUACGACCCCGAUCGCUUCCGCGAGGGCCGCGAGGAGUUUAAGAAGGAGGUCUACGGCUUCGUCGGAUGGGGCCAAGGCCGACACCCCUGCUUGGGCAUGCGGUGGGCAAAGGUCCAGCUGAACAUCAUCCUUGCGUAUGCUCUCGCGAUGUAUGAGUGGAGCGGGUGUGAUGCGAACGGGCAGCCCAGCACCCACUUCGACCGCAAGACGGACCUGAACGCGCCGGGGCCGAGUCUGCCCGUGGGCCUGUUCUGCAAAUAUAUGGCCCGGAAGGAAAUGUGA